AUGAGUGAAUUUGAAAGAAAUAUUGUACAGUUUUUCGAUGAGUUAGGGGUCUCUUGUAGCGAUAAAACUCUUCAAAAGUGUUUGGAACUUUGUAAAAGGCACAAUGUGGUGGAUGCAGAAGAAUUUGUGGAUACUUGGAUGGCAUAUUCAGUGUCUUAUCUGGGUGGAGAAGGUCCUAAUGAAACUAAUCUUAUCAAGUUUGAGAGAGAAAACUACAUUAAAAAGCCUGCAGCUUGUACUAAAUCAAGCGAAACAAUAUCGACUAAAUCUCUGCCUGCUGUUUACGGUGGUUCAUCAAUGAAAGAGAGAGAUGAAACAGCUAGGAUAAUAAUGGCGUACAACGAAACCACCCCUAAAACCAAGUUUUUUUGGAAAAUUUGGAAAAUGGGUAACUACGUCUUUUUUGGCCUAGUCAAAUUUUGA